UAUGACGCUAUGCUGACGUGUAGCUAGGGAAACAGAGGAAGUAGAUGGCUCUUUGACAAAUGUUUUGAAGUAUCUAUUGAAAGAAAACAGUGGCAUGUUCACUGAACACAGCGACCAGAGUCCAGAGAUCGCAGAAAGCCAUGGGUAAACGAAGAGCACCAGAGCUGUACAGAGCACCCUUUCCUCUGUAUACUGUUAAAAUCCACCCCAAGACUGGACUGAUUAUUACUGCUGGAGGGGGUGGAGCCUCAAAAACUGGGAUCAAGAAUGGAGUGCAUUUCCUAAGUUUGGACCUGGUGGGUGGUAGGCACUGUGCAACCCUGGUGCACACUCAUGCAACGGACACACGAGCCACGAUGAACAUGGCGCUAGGUGACGAUGUGAUCGCCGCAGGGCAAGAUGGCAUCUGUAGUUUGAUGAGGUUCAGUCAAUGUUCACCCAAACAGACAAACAAAUCGGCAGCUAAAGAUGGAGCUCGAGAAGAUGGUGCAGCAAGGAGGAGAGCAGGAAAAGGCCAGAAUGAAGGUGGAGGAGAUGCGCCCAAGAUCAAGGAGGAUUCAUCUCAAAUCACAGUUGAGGAUAUUGGUACGGUGCAAGGAGAUCUCAGCCCUCAGGACCCCUGCGUGAAAUGUGUUUGCUUUAGCGCUGACCUUACACUUCUGCUGAGCGGAGGUGCCGACGGUUACGUCAGAGUUUGGGAGUUACCCUUAAUGAAGGAGAAAUUAAACUUUAAAGCCCAUAAAGAUGAACUGGAAGAUAUCAACAUCAGUCCUGAUAAAAAGCACAUUGUAACAGUAGGUCGUGAUUUCGAGUGCAGCGUGUGGAGCGGGGAUCAGCUUGCUAUGGGGUUGUGUUGGUAUGAAAAUAUGCCUAAAAUUGCAGAGAAGACCUACCGCUACAAGUCAUGCAGGUUUGCAAAGGUCGAGGACCAAAAAGAUGCUUUGAGACUCUAUACUGUCCAGAUCCCUCACAAACGGGACCGCAGACCCCCACCAUGCUACAUCACUAAAUGGGAUGGACGAGCUUUCCUGCCGCUACUCACUAAGCCGUGUGGAAAUGAAGUCAUAUCCUGUCUCACUGUGAGUGACUCUGGAACAUUUCUUGGUCUUGGAACUGUGACUGGAUCUGUGGCCAUUUAUAUAGCGUUUUCCUUGCAGAAAUUGUACUACAUCCAGGAAUCACAUGGCAUUGUUGUCACAGACCUAACCUUUUUGCCUGACACUUCUAAAAGUCAAGCCAUAAAGGGGGAUAAUGAAGUGGUCAUGUUGAGUGUAGCAGUGGACAGUCGCUGUCAGAUGCAUGCAGUGGCCAACCGAAGAAUGUUCCCAUUAUGGUUGGUGCUGAUUUUCUGUGGUCUGAUGGUGGUCGGAGUGAUUCUGCUCCUGCAGUCUUUAUUCCCAGGAUUCCUUUAGUGUAGAGCACGAGCACGAGAACAGAACAAAACAAACUUGGAUCCAUGAAAUUUGUCUAAGUGGUCAGAAUUUAGGUUGAAAUGACAAUAUUUAGCACCAUGUUUUAACUAAUGUAUGAUCGUUGGAUGCAUUUCAGCUUUGAAUUCUUAAUGAAUCACAUUGGUUAAAGAGUUUGGGCAUGACCUGAAUAUGCAGCGUAAAUCGUGAAAUCCUGAAGUGGUGUUAAUUGGAAAACCGGAUGAAGCAGGAAUAGAUUUCCUCAUGAAAAAGUAAGAUGCUCUUAAGGACUUUAUCUGCUCUACCAGCAUGUCAACAAUAUCCUUUUAUUGUAAUGGAGAAAAUAUGUAUCUGAGGAAGUUCAACUGUGGAUAUUUUAAAUAUUUAAAACCAUGUAAAAAUAUAAAGAUACAUCUGACAACA